AUGGAUAGUAAUUUGAAAGGUUUAGCCUUCCAUCGUUUACAGGUCGUGCAUGAAGAUAUCGUGCGUUUUAUUGUGGCCCUUCCUUUAGGAAUCCAGAAUCUGCGUCUUGUUGCAGAUAAAUAUCCAAUUCCGAAUUCUCUAAUCGACUGUUGGACUCCACAAUCUGUCAUUUUUAUCUUGGAAGAGACUCCACUUCUCUAUUUCUUCACCUGUGAGAUUUUGGGUUUGUGCUUGCCUGAUUAG